AUGGCAGUCUUUCAGAGCAAGAAAUUCCGCUCCAGCGCCGAAGCCAACACUAUUGCAGCCCGCUACCGAUCCGGUCUCACGCGGCAUCCUUUCCUCCUCUUCGGCCUCCCAUUCAUUGCGACUAUGGUGGCAGGAUCCUUUUUCCUUACUCCGGCCACCGCAAUUAGAUAUGAGAAGCAUGAUCGCCGGGUGCGGAGGAUGAGCAAGGAGGAGGAGCUCGGAAUUGGGAAGGGUGGACGGAAGGUUGAUAUGAAGGAGGAGUAUUACAGACUGGCUGCGAAAGAUCUGGACGACUGGGAACAGAAGCGUGUCAAGAGACUUCCGGGAGAGCAUGACGGGAAGCUGUAA